AGCCCUGUGUUCAGAGGUGCUUGUGCAUGACGAGAAGUUUGUUCUAUGGCCUCAGAGCUGGGUGCCAAGGAGGAUGGCAGCUGCUCAGAGCUGGCAAAACCCCUUUAUCUGCAAUAUCUGGAGAAAGCUCUGCGACUGGAUCAGUUUUUACGACAGACGUCUGCCAUCUUCAACAGGAGUAUAUCCAGUGAUGAAAGUGAAGAUGGAUUGGAUGACAAUCCUUUGCUGCCUCAAUCUGGGGAUCCCCUGAUGCAAGUUAAGGAAGAGCUUCCAAACUCUUUGCUUGGGGAGUCUUCUGGAGCAGGGAAUUCUGGAAUGCUGAACACACCUUCCCUGAACGGAGUGCUGCAGCCAGAACCAAAGUCUGAAAAAGGGAGCUUGUAUAACUUUUCCAAACUGAAGAAAAGCAGAAAGUGGCUGAAGAGUAUCCUUCUGAGUGAUGACUCCAGUGACACAGAUUCACCAAGUGAUGAGGAUGGAGAGGAGGAAGAAGAAUUUUCUCUUUCAAGGGAGGAACUUCACAAUAUGCUGCGAUUACACAAAUACAGGAAACUGCAUCAAAGUAAAUAUAGCAAAGACAAAGAGUUGCAGCAGUAUCAGUACUACAGUGCAGGACUGCUAUCUACACAUGAUCCUUACUAUGAGCAGCAGCGCCACCUGCUAGGGCCCAAGAAAAAGAAGUUCAAAGAAGAGAAAAAACUAAAAGCCAAGUUGAAAAAAGUGAAGAAAAAGAGGAGACGGGAUGAAGAGCUGUCUUCAGAGGAGUCACCACGACACCACCAUCAUCAGACCAAAGUUUUUGCCAAGUUUUCUCAUGAUACUCCACCACCUGGGUCCAAGAAGAAGCAUUUGACUAUUGAGCAACUUAACGCACGUCGGCGGAAAGUGUGGCUUAGCAUUGUUAAAAAGGAGUUGCCAAAGGCAUACAAACAAAAAGCCUCAGCCCGCAACCUUUUCCUAACCAACAGCAAAAAGCUUGCCCAUCAGUGCAUGAGGGAGGUACGUCGAGCUGCAAUCCAGGCCCAGAAAAACUGUAAGGAAACUCUGCCACGAGCACGUCGUCUUACUAAGGAGAUGCUUCUUUAUUGGAAAAAGUAUGAAAAGGUGGAGAAAGAACAUCGUAAACGAGCUGAGAAGGAGGCUCUGGAGCAACGCAAGCUGGAUGAGGAGAUGAGAGAGGCUAAGAGGCAGCAGCGAAAACUUAACUUCCUGAUCACACAAACUGAAUUAUAUGCCCAUUUUAUGAGUCGUAAGCGAGACAUUGGACAUGAUGGAAUACAGGAGGAAAUCCUACGCAAGCUGGAGGACAGCUCUACCCAAAGGCAGAUAGAUAUUGGUGGAGGAGUAGUGGUCAACAUCACCCAAGAAGAUUAUGAUAGUAACUAUUACAAGGCCCAAGCUUUGAAGAAUGCUGAGGAUGCUUACCAGAUUCAUCAGGCCCGGACCAGAUCAUUUGAUGAAGAUGCAAAAGAAAGCCGGGCAGCUGCAUUACGGGCUGCUAACAAGUCUGGUACUGGCUUUGGAGAGAGCUACAGUUUAGCAAACCCAUCUAUCCGGGCAGGAGAGGAUAUUCCACAGCCUACUAUUUUCAAUGGAAAACUGAAAGGUUAUCAACUGAAAGGCAUGAAUUGGCUGGCCAACCUGUAUGAGCAGGGCAUCAAUGGAAUCCUGGCAGAUGAAAUGGGUCUGGGUAAAACAGUACAAAGUAUUGCUCUCCUUGCACAUCUGGCUGAGAGAGAGAACAUCUGGGGACCUUUUUUAAUAAUUUCACCUGCUUCUACUCUGAACAACUGGCACCAGGAGUUUGCCAGAUUUGUACCUAAAUUUAAGGUGCUACCUUAUUGGGGAAAUCCACACGAUAGAAAGGUGAUCAGGAAGUUCUGGAGUCAGAAGACAUUGUAUACUCAGGAUGCUCCUUUCCACGUGGUGAUUACCAGUUAUCAGCUAGUAGUACAGGAUGUGAAGUAUUUCCAACGAGUUAAGUGGCAAUACAUGGUGUUGGAUGAAGCACAAGCACUCAAGAGUAGUUCCAGUGUCCGUUGGAAGAUUCUGCUGCAGUUCCAGUGUCGGAACAGAUUGUUGUUGACUGGGACCCCAAUCCAGAACACAAUGGCUGAGCUGUGGGCCCUGCUGCAUUUUAUCAUGCCAACACUGUUUGAUUCCCAUGAAGAGUUCAAUGAGUGGUUUUCUAAGGACAUAGAGAGCCAUGCAGAGAACAAAUCUGCCAUUGAUGAGAAUCAGCUAUCUCGCUUACACAUGAUCUUGAAGCCUUUCAUGUUGAGAAGAAUAAAGAAAGAUGUGGAAAAUGAGCUGUCAGAUAAGAUUGAAAUCCUUAUGUACUGCCAGCAGACAAGUCGACAGAAGCUGUUGUACCAAGCUCUGAAAAACAAAAUCUCUAUUGAUGACCUCCUGCAGUCCUCAAUGGGCACUACUCAGCAAGCACAGACCACAACUAGUAGUCUCAUGAAUCUAGUCAUGCAGUUCAGGAAGGUGUGCAAUCACCCGGAGCUGUUUGAGCGACAAGAAACGUGGUCUCCAUUUCACAUCUCCCUAAAGCCAUACCAGAUUUCAAAGUUCAUCUACCGUCAUGGACAGAUCAGGGUCUUUAACCACUCACGGGACAGGUGGUUAAGGAUUUUACUUUCGCCAUUUGCACCAGACCACAUCCAGCAGUCUCUCUUCCAUAGGAAGGGUGUCAAUGAAGAAAGCUGUUUUUCUUUCCUCCGGUUUAUUGAUGUCUCUCCAGUGGAAAUGGCAAACCUCAUGAAUCAGGGACAUUUAGCCAGAUGGUUAGCUCUUUUCCUGUCUCUGAAAGCAUCCUAUAGGCUCCAUCACAGGCGCUCCUGGAUGGAGACAGAAUGGGAGAAACAGCAGGGGUCACGUUGUUUGAGGAACAGGGAUUUCUUGCUUGAUGUAGAUUUCCCACUGUCUUUCCCAAACUUGCACAGCUGCACUUUGCUGCAGAACCUUGUGUUCAGUAGCCACUGUAAAGCAGUGACUGGCUAUUCAGAUCAUGUCAUUCAUCGAAGGAGAUCAGCUACCUCAUGUGUUCGGUGCUGCCAGGUGACUGAGCUGCCGUCCUUCCUGUGCAUAGCCAGCCCACGGGUAACAGCUGUGCCACUGGAGUUCUACUGCAAUGACCGAAGUGCAGAAUAUGAGCGCAGGGCACUGAAGGAAGGAGGAAGUCUUGAAGCAAAGCAGUGUGUACUCAAUGGAGCCCCUGAGCUAGCAGCUGACUGGCUGAAGCAAUGCUCCCGGUUCUUCCCAGAGUCUCCAGGAGGGCUGUUAGGGAUCAGGCCUCAAAAUGGCUGGUCUUUUAUCAGGAUACCAGACAAAGAGAGUCUGAUAACUGACAGUGGAAAACUUCAUGCUCUUGAUCUUCUGUUGACACGGCUGAAAUCUCAAGGACACAGAGUUCUCAUCUACUCCCAGAUGACACGGAUGAUUGACUUACUGGAGGAAUACAUGGUUUAUAGGAAACAUACCUACAUGAGAUUGGAUGGUUCCUCAAAGAUCUCUGAACGAAGGGACAUGGUAGCAGAUUUUCAGAACAGGAAUGAUAUUUUUGUGUUCCUGUUAAGCACGAGAGCUGGAGGCUUGGGCAUUAACCUUACAGCUGCAGAUACGGUAAUUUUCUAUGACAGUGACUGGAACCCAACAGUAGACCAGCAAGCCAUGGACCGGGCACACAGGCUGGGCCAGACGAAACAAGUCACAGUGUAUCGGCUGAUCUGUAAAGGCACCAUUGAGGAGCGCAUCUUGCAGAGGGCCAAGGAGAAGAGUGAGAUCCAGCGAAUGGUGAUUUCAGGUGGCAAUUUCAAACCUGACACCUUGAAGCCAAAGGAAGUGGUCAGCCUUCUCCUCGAUGAUGAGGAACUAGAAAAGAAAUUGCGUCAGCGUCAAGAAGAGAAGCGACAGCAGGAAGAAACAAACCGUGUGAAAGAACGAAAGCGUAAAAGGGAAAAAUAUGCUGAGAAGAAGAAGAAAGAAGAUGAAUUGGAUGGGAAGAGAAAGAAAGAGGCUAUGAACCUUGUGAUCCCAUUUGUUCCUUCAGCUGAUAACUCCAAUCUGUCUGCUGAUGGCGAUGACUCCUUCAUUAGUGUAGACUCUGCCAUGCCCAGCCCUUUCAGUGAAAUAUCCAUUAGCAGUGAAUUACAUAUGGGCUCUAUCCCCCCUGAUGAGAGCAGCAAUGAUAUGCUUGUGAUUGUGGAUGAUCCAGCUUCUUCAGCACCUCAGUCAAGGGCAACAAACUCUCCUGCUUCCAUUACAGGCUCAGUUUCAGAUACUAUCAAUGGUGUUUCAAUGCAAGAUGCACCUUUCUCUGGGAGAGGCCAGUCAGGUCGAAGCCGGGGUCGUCCUAAAAGUGCGAGCGGCGGAUCCAAAGGCGGCACCGGGAAGGGCCGGAGCCGGAAAUCGAUAGCGGGAAGCGCGGCUGCCAUGGCAGGGGCCAAAGCGGGGGCGGCAGCAGCCUCGGCAGCAGCUUACGCAGCCUACGGGUACAAUGUCUCUAAAGGGAUGUCUGCAAGUAGCCCUCUGCAAACAGCAAUUAUUCGGCCUUCUGGACUAGCAGAUUUUGGACCUUCAAGCGCCUCUUCUCCCUUGAGCUCCCCUUUGAGUAAAGGAAACAGUGUUUGUGGGACCCCCAAAAGCUUAAACCUGACCAGCACUCUCAUAUCAGAAGCUCCAGUUCGGAAGCAAAGCAAAGGUGCCCACACCUCGGGUGGUCGGUAGUAGUUUUGAACCCCCAAAGCUUUGAACUGUGUUGGCUUUCAGAGUAGACCACCCUGCCAGUUGAAGGCAUGUGAGCAAAUGCCUUGUUGCUGUCCAGCACGCGUGUGAAAAGAAAAUCAAAGCACAAUGGGAGUGGGUGGUUUAUGUGAGCACUUUGAUUAUGUGUAUUCCAAAAAACUAUCUUUGCAGACACUGC